AUGACUUCCAUAACCUUUCAAGGGCAACUUGGAUUUCUCCUUGCAGUUUGCCACAAUCCAGCUGACGGAGUUGAUAUUAGGCACGGCGAGUAUCCUAAUCAUCCAUGCAGACCACUGCCUUCCCCCCCUACUGGAUGUUUCAGGUUUCCAGGUAAUGCAAAAGAUCACCGCUAUCAAUCUCGAGAGCAUCUUCUUCGAGCACAAUGGGCUAUCGACCAGUUAGAGAUGGCGCUACAUGCCAGUAAUCUCACAACGGCCAACCCUCAGAGAGGCUUAAUGGUCAAGAAUGAACUCGAGUCUUGGACAGUGGAAUACGAUGGACUCAUCAACGAACAUCAAUGCAAAGAGUAUGAAUGGGUCGGUCUGAGGUCGAAAUCCCCCCCUUUCCGCCCUGAGACUUUUAUUCCGGGAACGGACUCAAAGACAGCCAUUGACAUCAUGACCAAGGGGUUCCUUACUGUUCCCAAUGCAGAGACACGCCUAGUGGUGAAAGUGUUUAUACCGAAGCAUCUCGUCAGCCUGGACUCGAUGAAGGCCAUCGCAUCCAUGCUUUGGCUUGUAGACCCGCUGUUGAGUGAUGUUCAUCCUGCUCACUGUGAGCCUAACUCACUCUAUUCACUAGGGUUGCAGUAUACUAAUUUUGCUAGGGACGAUGCCAAUGAUCUCCAGGCUGAGAUGCUGUCCGCAGUCGAGGUUGAGGACCCUUGGAAUAAUCGCCUUUCGCCUGAACGGAAACUACUGGAGCUUCUACCCCACCCAGGAGACCUGGGGGAAACGAAGUAUCGCCAUAGGAUUUACAGAAUUCUGGGUGCUACCUCCGUCCAAGAUUUAAUACAUCUCAUGGAUAUAGCAAUUUAUGGCCUGGGUGAGUUGUCCAAAUGCUUCCAAUCACAACCAAAACAUCUCAAAGUGCCAGAUCUGAGAUAUUGGCAUCCCAUCGCAAGUGCUGCGCCCCCUGAGGAGCCCAUUGCGAUUCCAAUUUUGUCUUCGAGACAUCAACGUGCAUCGCAUUUUGAAGAAUCUAGUCUCCUAAUCGACAGAGGGGAAGAUUUACAAAAGUAUUUCUCAAGGGCCGUUGACUCUGAUGUUGGACGAGUAUUUCGACCAGUAGUUCUGGGAGAGAAGCUCCUCAGCCACGGGAUGGUGCCUGUUGACGAUAUCGAUCCCCGAUAUCAGACGUGGAACAUUGGAACCGAUGUAUCGCUGCGCCGAAUGUCUGAGUGGGCGGGGUACAAGCAGCUGAAUGGUUUGGAGAUUGUCAGUAGCGUUCUCAGAGAUACGCCCGAGUGCUGGGAAGAGGUACUGGAUAUGGUCUCCAUCCUGCGAAACAACUUCAGAUUGACAGUGGGCAAAUCAUGUGGCUUCCACAUCCAUGUUAGCAAAGUCACUGGGCCCAUACUGUUACACCUCAUGCGUAAGGUUUCUGUCCUCAUGUAUUUGUGGCCGGAAAGGAAUGUUCCAGCUGACUUCGAACAGUACAUCCCCGUCGACAAGGUCGUUGACUGCCGUACCUUGGGGAUUAUGAAGAAGCUAUGGACAGCCGAAACUCUACAACGGCUCAAGCUGUUUAUAACUCCUAGUAUGGGCUCAAAGUCUUGCUUAGGACUUUCCAAGUGCUACUCCUUUGAUGAGUUUGAUGAAGGCUCUGAAGAUAAAUGUAGAGGAACUGUUGAGUUCCGCUACCUCGAAGGUGCUCUGGAUCCUGAGCUGAUUCUUCGGUGGAGUCAGUUGAUGGUUUCUCUAUUCCAGUUUGCUGAUCUAGCUUCACCACAAGCAUGGCAGAAUUUUGUACCCGCGAUACUGCAGUGCCCAGUAUUGGGUAAGAUGGAUCCGAACGUGUUGAGAGUCUUUUUGGUAUCCUUAGGCAAGGGUGAUGAUCAUGGCUUUUGGAUCAAUCGAAUCGAAAUUAUGUCGAAUUUGCCUCUCGAUGCACAGCAACUGGCUCGCAGGCCAGCUGAUAACAAUGAGAUUCUGCCUCCCCUCGAUAAUGGGUACAUUGAUGCCUUACGAGACGAGCUGUGUACUAGAGAGAUGAAAUUGCCUUGCACGAUCCAGAAAGCGGCGACCCUCAACGAAUCUGAAUCUUCAACAGAUCCAGACGACUUUGCAAAACUACUGUCCGAGAAGGCUUGCUUUUUUUUUUUUUAUGAUUAA